CAAAAGCUGUUCAAGGUGCAUACAGUGUUUGAUAACCAUCUGUCUGCUUGAAGAGACAUCAGUUGGAACUCAAAUAGUUUUGGGCAUAAAAGAAGAGGACUGGAAUGAUUGGGCUCGAUGUGUAUCUAUAUCCUGAUGGUCUUAGAGUUGCUACACCGGAAGAUAUAGAGAGAUGGAAAUCCGAGAGGGAAAUGUAUGACCCAAAUGUGCGCCUCUUUGUGGCUCUUUUCUCCUACAAUCCAGCUGUGAUGUCACCAAACACUGAAACAAUGGAGGAGGAACUGCCUUUUGAACAAGGACAGAUCAUUAAAGUGUAUGGAGAUAAAGAUGCUGAUGGCUUCUAUAGUGGAGAGUUGGGUGGCCACUUUGGUUUCGUGCCAAGUAACAUGGUAUCUGAGAUACCUGUUGAAGACGGAGAGCUUAAACUUUAUUUGUCGCAGCAGGGAUUUUUACCAGAGGAGACGCCCUCUAUUGCACCUAGUGAAUCUUCUAGUGUGUCAGAUAGUGUGAAGGUCCACAGGAUGGUGGCCAUCUUUGAUUAUGAUCCUUGGGAAAGUUCUCCAAACAUGGAUAUUGAGGAUGAGCUUUCCUUCCACGCAGAAGACAUUAUAUAUGUUUUUGGGGACAUGGACAGUGAUGGAUUUUAUUAUGGAGAUCUACAUGGUUAUCGAGGACUUGUGCCAUCAAAUUUUUUGCAACCACUGCCUUGGGAUUAAGGGAAAUGAGUGAUCAUGUCCUGGGAUCUCACUGAAUCCAGUUCUCGCUUGUCCUUUUCUUUUUGUUCUUUUCUUUUUUACCAAGUGAAGUGUCUUGUUGCCUGUAAUCAGGGUUGGGAGUAACGGAAUACAUGUAACAGGAUUACAUAUUUAAAAUACAAAAUAUAAGUAACUAUAUUCCACUACAGUUACAAUUUAAAUCGUUGGUAAUUAGAAUACAGUCACAUUCAAAAAGUAUUUUGAUUACUGAAGAGAUUACUUUGCAUUUUAUUGUAAUUUGUUUAAUUUAAUAUUUAGUCCUUUCAGAUGGAAAACAUUUAUACAUAUAAAUGAUGCGAUCCAAAGUGCAUUUGAACAGCAGUGAAACACUUUCUUAUGAUGUGUUACAUUCAUACGAGCAGACAGAGAAGUACGUUUGAAGUAAGCAGUUGUGUGCCCCUCCCUUAAUGCUCUGUUUAGUUUCAUUUAAUUACAUUAGUAACAAGGGAAAUAAAUUUUGAUUAACACAGGAGCUUUUGGAAGCAGCUAGUAUUUUACUGCCUUGAAUGAUUGUAAAUGGUAUUUUAAUGAUGAUCAGUUUUUAAUUGUACAUGUCUUUUUACUACAGACUGUAUGGCUUCUAAU